UCAGACCCUUUGGAGAAUAGCUUGACCCCCUCCUCUUCUUUGGGGCAGCCCCUUAAUUAAGCAAAUCACUGCACUUGUUUUGUGAAUACAGGAUUCCCGCUGAUUUUGCUUGUGGGAAUCCUCUUGGGAUGAUCACAAAUAGUGAUCACAUGACCCAGGGACACUGCCACUAUUGGAAAUUACACUGGUUGCCAAGCACACGAAUUCUGAUCACAUGACCCUGGGGAUGCUGGGAUAGUCGAAAGCAUGAGCAUAGGUCGUAAAUCACUCUUUUCAGCAGUAUUGCAAUUUCAAAUGGUUGCAAGUCGAGGACUGCCUGUAUUGUUUUAUGACACACCACCCGGAGUGAUUGUCAGGAGGUGAGCAGACAUACAUAGAAGGUGAGUAAACCAGGAUCAGCCUUUGAAGCCACACCCGAUCCCGAUUCUUCUCAGGAUUCCUUCUGCUCCUUUUCCAGGAAAGUGGGAACUCGGAGGUGAUCCUGAUGAUCCUGGAUCUGGCCAACCUCAACUCCGUGCAAGCUUUUGCACAGAUCUUCCUAAAAUCGGAGCCCCGUCUGGACAUCCUCAUCAACAAUGCCGGGGUCUGUAAGGACGGUCAAACCACUGAUGGCUUUGACCUGGGUUUCCAGGUCAACCACCUGGCUCACUUCCUGCUGACCCACCUGCUCCUGGACCGGCUAAAGCGCUGCGCCCCGAGCCGGGUUGUAAUCGUAUCCUCAAGUGGGCACUUCUUUGGGAAGAUCGACUUCCGGACCAUCCACAAACCGGUGGAGGGGAUGAAGAAGGGUGGACUAUCAUACUGCAACAGCAAACUAGCCAACAUUCUCCACACGCGAAAGUUGGUCAACCGGCUGGAAGGAACCAACGUCACCUGCUACGCGGUUCAUCCAGGGAUAGUUAGAACCAAAAUUUUUCGCUACUUUCCACGGUGGGUAUUUUGGUUCCUUUGGCUGAUACAGUUGCUCCUCCGAGACUGCGACGCUGGUGCCCAGACCACCAUCUACUGUGCGACCGAGGAGGGCAUCGAGAGGCUGAGCGGGCGGUAUUUCGUGGACUGCCGGCCAAAAGUGCCCUGGCCACAGGCCCGUGAUGACCACAUGGCCAGGAAGCUCUGGGAAUUCAGCGAGAGUCUGCUGGGACUGACCCCUUAAGUCGGGAAGGGACAGAGACGGAGUUUGGGGUAACCAAAGGCGGGCAUUUGAUUAGACCGGGGGAUUGAACUGCAGGGAAUCUCAACACUACCCAGGGUCGGAUUUCUGAGAAUUUAAAAAACUGGAAAGAAUUAUGGAGUUUGUUUUGGUGGGUUGCCCAGGGUUGCCCGUAAGAAUCUUUUAAAUAAAGAAACAAACUCCAUCAA